AUGGAAAACGACGCUGCUGCAGGGGCACAAGCGCCGCCAGCACAUGUGGCUCAGGCACAGUUAUCACCGCCUAUUCCAUUAAACCUCGGAGCUUCGGAUUUGUAUGCAGAAUACAAAACAUGGAAAGACUCUUACAGUUUUUUUGAGCUGGCCAGCGGAACUAUCAACGCUGCUGAUGUGGUUGUGACGGAUAACGGCAAGCAAUUUGUGGGGAAAGUCUUCGAAGCAUUCCUGAAAACUAGUGGACUUAAGCACAUCAAAGCUUCACCGUACUAUCCUAAAAGUAAUGGUAAAAUUGAAAGAUUCCAUCGCUAUCUGAAGAAAGCCUUCAAAGCUGCUAAAAGUGAAGGAAGAAAAUGGAGAGAAGAAUUAUCGAAGAUUCUUCUUGCUUAUCGCUCAACACCACACAGAGCAUCAGAAGAUCUGCAGUGUCUGAGGAUUGUGCUGAUCGGGAGAACAGGAAAUGGAAAGAGCGCAACAGGAAAUACUAUUCUGGGAAAAGAGGAGUUUUGCAGCCAAUCAAACACAGAUUCAGUGACGACUGUUUGUGAGAAGAGAGUUGGAGAAGUUGAUGGUCGAUCAGUAGCUGUUGUUGAUACUCCAGGACUCUUCGACACAACACUGAAAAAUGAAGUCGUGGUAGAAGAAAUAGUGAAGUGUGUUUCACUUUCAGCUCCUGGACCUCAUGUGUUUGUGAUUGUGUUGAGUUUGGGAAGAUUAACUAAAGAGGAGACAGACACUAUUGAUCUGAUCAAGAAGAUAUUUGGUACAAAAGCUGCUCAGUUCAGCAUCGUUCUGUUCACCAGAGGAGAUGAUCUUGGGGAUGAAUCUAUAGAGGAUUAUGUGAAGAGAAGCAAAUCUGCAGACCUGAAAAAACUAAUCAGAGAUUGUGGAAACAGAUUCCUGGCUUUCAAUAACAGAGAAAAACAAGACAAAACUCAAGUGAGGAAGCUGUUAAAGAUGAUAAAAGAGGUAAGAAAUAAUAAUCAGGGUGGAUACUUCACUAAUGACAUGUUUGAGGAGGCAGAGAUGUCCAUUAAGAAGAAGAUGGAGGAAAUACUGAAAGAGAGAGAAAGAGAGAUUCAGAAACAGAAAGAAGAGUUACAGGCCAAACAUGAGAUGGAGAUGAAGAAACUCGAGGAAGAGAAACAAAGAGCAGAAGAGAAAAUGGAGAAUCAACUGAAAGAAAAGGAGAAAAAACUCAGAGAAGAGUUUGAAGAGAAGGAGAAAACAGAUCAGAAGCAGCGAGAGAUUGAAAACCAGAAACGAUUAGAAGAGGAAAAACAGCAGAGAGCUGAAUAUGAUCAGAGAAUAGAAGAAAUGAAGAGAGAGAUCGACAAUCAGAGAUCACAGUAUGAACAACAGCGGAAAGAAAGAGAAGAAGAAGACAGAAAGAGAGAAGAAAAAUACAGACAAGACCAAGACAAGAUGAGAAAUGAACAAGGGCGAAUUAUAGACGAGUUAAAGAUAAAACAAGAAGACGAAACUAAAAAGAGGGAUUUAGAAGAGAAGAGGAGGAAUGAAGAAGAAGAGAAGGAAAGACAGAGAUGGAAAAUAAAAAUAAAAGAAGCUGAAAAUGACAGAGAAGAGAUACAAGAGAAUAUUAGACAACAGAUGAGAGAAUGGGAGGAUGAGAAGAAACAACAAAUGAGAGAACGAGAGGAAGAAGAAAGAAAAAGAAAAGAGAAACACGAAGAACAACUGAGAGAAAAACAAGAAGAACUGGAGAAAAUGAGAAAGAGAUUUGAAGGAGAAAGAGAAGAAGAA